AUGGCUGGAACAGUCGCCGUAUUGUCCCAAGGAGUAGGAUAUGGAGUCGUGCUGGGUGUCGGAUUCUUCUUCGCGCUCGGUAUGAUGUUCAUCACUUGGGUACUGCGAAGAUACAACAACGAAUUGCAGACUUCUGAGGUCUUCUCUACUGCGGGUCGAAGUGUCAAAUCUGGUCUUGUGGCCGCUGCUGUUGUGUCGUCCUGGACCUGGGCAGCUACUCUACUACAAUCAUCUGCUGUUGCUUACAACUAUGGUGUUUCUGGACCUUUCUGGUAUGCCUCUGGUGCAACAGUACAAGUCAUUCUCUUCGCAACCCUGGCCAUCGAGCUGAAGCGCAAGGCCCCAAAUGCUCAUACCUUCCUGGAAGCUAUCCGUGCUCGCUAUGGAGGAAUCACUCAUUUGGUGUUCAUCGUCUUUGGCCUUAUGACUAACAUCCUGGUUACCGCUAUGCUAUUGACUGGCGGCAGUGCCGUUAUCAAAGACCUUACUGGCAUGAACCCCGUGGCUGCUUGUUUCUUGCUUCCAGUCGGCGUCGUAGCAUACACCAUGUUUGGCGGUAUCAAGGCUACUUUCAUCACUGACUGGGUCCACACCGUCGUGAUUCUGAUCAUCAUUUUCCUCUUUGCCUUUACGGCUUACUCGACCAACGAGAUCCUUGGAAGCCCCAGCGCUGUAUACGAUGCACUUUUAGCGGCCUCAGCUCGCCAUCCUGUUGAGGGUAAUGCGCAGGGAAGUUAUCUUACUAUGCAAUCCCGUGAGGGUGGUAUUUUCUUUGUUAUCAACCUUGUUGGCAACUUCGGUACUGUCUACCUCGACAACGGAUACUGGAACAAGGCUAUCGCUGCUUCACCUGUACAUGCUCUUCCUGGUUACAUUUUGGGAGGUUUAACGUGGUUUGCGAUUCCCUGGCUCUGCGCUACUACCAUGGGUCUUGCAGCACUAGCCCUCGAGAACAACCCCGUGUUCCCGACCUUCCCUCUGCGUAUGGCAGCUGAAGAUGUCACUGCUGGCCUGGUCCUCCCUAAUGCCGCUGUCGCUCUCCUUGGGUCCGGUGGCGCUGCCGCGACGUUGGUGCUCAUCUUCAUGGCUGUCACCUCGGCCAUGUCUGCUGAGUUGAUUGCCGUGUCGAGUAUCUUCACAUACGAUAUCUACAACACAUACAUCAAUCCUAAGGCACACGGAAAAAACUUGAUUUACAUGAGUCACGUCAGUUGUGUAAUUUACGCAUUGUUCAUGGCUGCUUUCUCGACUGGCCUCUAUUAUGCUGGCAUUGGUAUGGGAUACAUUUACCUGAUGAUGGGAUGUAUCAUUGGCGGAGGAGUUUUACCUGCUGCUUUGACUCUGCUUUCCGACAGGCAGUCAUGGGCGGCAGCCACAUUCUCUCCUAUCAUUGCUCUGAUCUGCGCAGUCAUUGGCUGGCUCGUUCAAGCAAAGUCUCAGUACGGCAACCUCUCCGUCGAGGCCACUGGCUCAAAUUACCCAAUGCUGGUCGGUAACGUCGUUGCUCUGCUCACACCAGUGAUCACCGUACCCAUCUUGUCUCUUGUGUUCAGCAGCGGAAAGUACGACUGGCAAUCCAUGAAACAGAUCCGCCGACCCGACGACUCCGACCUCACCGCCGCCGCCCACAUCGACCCUGAAUUGCUUCCCGGCGGCGCUCACGGCGAAACGGCACACUCGCUCGCUGCCGAAGCUGCAGAGCAAAAGCAUCUCCUCCGCGCUUCCAAGAUCGCCCGCACACUCACCGUAUGCCUAAUCCUGUGUUUCUUGAUCCUGUGGCCCAUGCCCAUGUAUGGCUCCGGUUACGUUUUCUCCAAGAAAUUCUUCACUGGAUGGGUUGUCGUGGGCUUUAUCUGGUUGUUUGUUACUGCCAUGUGUGUGGGUAUUUAUCCGGUGAUUGAAGGCAGAAAGACGAUUUUCAGGACUUUCAAGAGCAUGUGGUUGGAUGUCACGGGCAAGAAGCAUCCGGUUACUCAUGGCAAGGCUACAAUAGCUGAGACGGCGGUUUUGGAGGAGAAGAUGGAUGAUAAGGAGAGGGAGAGAGAUGCUGAGGCUGCUGUGAGGGAUUCCGAGUGA